UUCCCACGUGCCUCCACAAGUUUACGAAGUACGACCGAUCAGAUCAAAGCCAAGGAGCCAAGAAACUCCGAAUUACCGGCAGUAUUGCCCCUGUAACCCCCGCACUCCCCCGCGCUCCGUCAUUCGUGGUUAAUGGUCUCCUCAACGGAGAAUUAACUUCGCGAUUAUCCAUCGCCCAUCUUUAACCCGAGAUAAACAAGUGCUCGCUGGAAGCUCAGGAUAGGAACAGGCGCAAGACAUGGGCAGAUCAUCUAAACUCCAAUUCUUAGCUGCAUCAUGCAUGGAUCAUAUGGUGCAAUCUCGGUGCACCAUCUUCACCGAGGACUCUUGCGUGCAAAAGUUAAGUGGCUACGUGAUGUAGUAAUUGUCUAUAUAGUCUGCAGUUUUGACCCUCACGGACUAUUCAACCACGGCAAGUUAAGUUUUGCCCAGGGCGUGCUUCAUUUCCAAAAGUUUUGGGAGUGAAUCCUCACGCAAGUGGCUUUCAAUCAUGCGGACCCCAGUUUAUAUUGCCCUCUGCGGCUUCUUUGGAUUGGGCACGGCUUCACCCACUACCAAUUCUGGCUCCUCGAGCGCGGCAACUGUGCAUUGGCUUGGUGACAAGCCGGCACACAACCUUGGAACAACCUUUGGUGUCCCAUGGGCACAGGGUCAGCAUGAUCCCAAGAAAACUAAGUUUACCGUCUCCAGCGGAUCCAACCAGGUCGAUCUCCAGUCAUGGGUGACUGGCUACUGGUCUGAUGGCUCGGUCAAGUGGACUGGACAUGCAAUUGCAGCAUCUGAGAACAUCCUCGACGAAUACACCGUGACUGCUUCAAAGUCGGCCGCAUCCGUUGAGUCUGCCAGCACGAACAGCAAAAAUAAGUUGAAGGUUACCGACACCGCAAAGAAGAUUACCGUCGACACGGGCAAACUGAAAGUGUCAUUCCCGAAAUCAGGCAGCAACAUCAUUGAUACGAUCCAGACUGCAGGUGGGAAGAUAAUUGGGCAAGAUGGUCGACUUGUUCUUCAAAGCCAGUCGGGUGUGGAUUCCAACUCCGAUAGCCGUGGAAAGCAGCCGAUUAAGAACCUCAACUUCGCGAGUAAAAUUGAGGGAGUUACAGUGGGAAAGCAGAAUUCCGUGCGUGCCUUGGUCACCGUCCGUGGCAAGCAUCAAGUCACUAGUGGAGGCCCUCAUGAUGACUGGCUUCCAUUCGUCCUGCGGUUCUACCUGUACUCUAACUCCGAUGCCAUUCGCCUUGUCCACAGUCUCGUGUUUGAUGCACCUGCCGAGAAGAAUUUCAUCACCGGCCUGGGGAUCCGAUUCGGAGUCCCUCUGAAAGGAGAAGAACUAUACAAUCGCCAUGUUAGGAUUGCUGGUGUUGAUGGCGGCCUUCUCAGCGAAGCGGUGAAAGGGAUCACCGGCCUAAGGAGAGAUCCUGGAGCAGCCGUGAGGACUGCACAGUAUGAUGGUGUUGUGGUUCCAGACAUUAGUACCUGGGAUACGCGUGUGUCGACCAGAAUGAAGUGGAUCCCAGCUUGGGGCGACUACAGCCUGUCUCAACUAUCCUCCGAUGGCUUCACCCUGAAGAAACGCACCAAAGCUGGACAAAGCUGGAUCAACAUUUCUGGAGGUACACGCGCUGGCGGACUUGCAUAUCUUGGAGGCGCUACACAAGGUGGACUGGCCGUGGGACUACGUGACUUCUGGAAGCGCUAUCCUAGUGGUCUUGACAUCUCCAAUGCUGCCUCAGACCUCGGAGAGAUCACGGUGUGGCUUUACGACCCAGCGGCAGAACCAUUAGAUCUUCGCCCUUACCAUGAUGGCCUGAACCAGACAACCUAUGCCGAUCAGUUGGACGCUCUUGAAAUCACAUAUGAAGAUUACGAACCGGGAUUCAAUACUCCUUAUGGAAUUGCUAGAACAAGUGAAGUCUUCAUAUUUGGCUUUGAGAAGACGCCUUCGAGAGACACACUAUCGGAUUUGACAGAACAUAUGAACAACCCACCUGUUCUGACGGCAGAACCCGCAUAUAUUCAGAAAACAAAGGCCCUUGGGUCCUACUGGGGACUGCCUGAUACCACUAGUGCACGUUCUGCAGAGAUUGAGGGCCACCUCGAUUUCCUUUUCAAGCAAUAUCAAAAAGAAGUCGAGCAACGCAGGUGGUACGGGUUCCUAAAUUACGGCGAUUUCAUGCAUAGCUACGAUACAGAUAGGCAUACCUGGCGCUACGAUGUGGGUGGGUAUGGCUGGGAUAACUCCGAGCUUUCCCCCGACCUAUUUUUCUGGCAAUACUUCCUACGCACUGGUAGAGAAGAUGUCUACCGAUUCGCAGAGGCUCUCACCCGCCACACUGGUGAGGUCGAUGUUUACCACAUUGGUGAUUGGAAGGGCUUGGGCACCCGCCACGGUGUCCAGCAUUGGGCUGAUAGCGCAAAGCAAGCCCGUAUUUCGCAACCGCAAUACCGCAAGUACUUCUACUACCUCUCCGGCGGUGACGAGCGGAUCGGAGAGCUAUUCGAUGAGCUUCUGGACACGGAGACGACGUACGGAAUUCUGGACCCUCAAAGAAAAGUGCGCAAAGAUGGCUGGGUUCCAACCCCUAACUCAACGGUUGCAUUCAGUCUGGGAACCGAUUGGUCUGCUCUUGCCAGUGGAUGGCUCAUUGAAUGGGAGCGCCGCGGACUUAGAUGGGAAGAGGCAAAGACUAAGCUCACGAGCACAAUCACCAGCAUCGCUAAUCUCAAGUAUGGCUUUGUCACUGGAUCCGGAUUGUACAGUCUUCAGAACAGCACCUUAGGCCCCCCUCCAUUGGAUCCCGACAACAAAGGUCUCGUCGAUGUCUCUCAUCUGUCAGCCGUAUUUGGUCUCCCCGAAGUAGUCUCCGAGGCCAUCGAGUACUACGGCGAUGACCUCCCAGCAGGUUUCAAAGACGCAUGGUACGACUACUGUUAUUACUAUGCAGCAACUGGUGACGAACAGGUAGCUCGUUAUGGAGUUAAGUUCAAGGACAUCAGCUUGCUACAGGCUCAUUCGCGUCUCACAGCGUACGCCGCUCACCAGACCAGCAACACGACGUUGGCCAAGCGAGCGUGGCGCGAUCUCUUGAACUCGGAUGGUCUUGGUCCAAACACACCCUGGAAUACUACCCAUAUGAGUGGUAGCUCAGUCUUGGUGGCUCUUGAUGAAGCGCCCUGGCUCGGGUCAAAUGAUGUCGCUCAGUAUGGGUUGGCUGUUAUCCAGAAUUUGGCCCUGGCAAGAGAUGCUCUUGAUACUUGGAAUUCUUAGUUAAACACUAUAGUUGAG